CCUCCCAGUCAUUGGUUGCUGCUGUCCAUUUCACAUCAAAUACAACACCACCACAAAUAAGUGAAUAACAACAACAACAACAACAACUACAACUACAACUACAACAACAAUGUUUUCUUGUUUUUACAAGGAGGAAAGCAUGAAACAAGUUGAAAGUUUUGGGAUGAUGAUGAUGCCACCAGAUGAUGAUGAUGGCUUUACUACUACUAGUACUACUAGUGGUUUACCUUCUCUUGUUCAUCCCCAUGGUUCUUCUCUUCAUCCUUGCUUUGAAGAGGUCUAUGAAGAGGAGGAUGGAACUGCUAGUGCUUUGAGGAUUCAUAGUCAGGCUGAGAAGAGAAGGCGUGAAAGGAUCAAUGCUCGUCUCUCUACUCUUCGCCGCAUGAUUCCUGAUUCUAACAAGAUGGACAAAGCAUCUCUGCUUGGUAAAGUGAUUGAACAAGUGAAAGAUCUGAAGAGAAAAGCAAUGGAUAUUGCCAAAUUGCAAACAAUUCCUUCUGAAACAAAUGAAGUGAUUGUAGAAUCCAAAGGUGACGACAAACCGAUAAUGUACAUUAAAGCUUCAAUAUGUUGCGAUGACAGACCGGAUUUGCUCGCAGAUUUAAUGCAAGCAUUCCAGGGAUUGAGAGUGAGAGCAGUAAAGGCCGACAUGAUAUCGUUAGGAGGCCGAGUACGAAAUGUUUUCGUAUUGUGCAAGAAGGAUAGUCAGGGGAAUGUGUGUAUGAAUUCUCUCAAGGAUUCAAUUAAAGAAGUCUUAGCUAGAAUUGCUUCAUCUGAUGUUGUGUCUGGAAAAAGGCAAAGGCUAAUGCAGUCACAAUAUACAAACAUAUCAUUUUAGUCUUCGGCUUUUCAUCGAUGAAUUCAGUAUGAGCAGAGAAUAAUAUUGCAGAGAUAUAUGUGAGAGAUUAGACUAUGAAUGUAACUAAAUUAGUGUAGAGUAUAUCACUUGAAGGAUCUAGGAAUUGAAGUAAUUAUGGAGGUAUAAAGUUUUUGUUUAUUA